AUGUCCCACCAGCUGCAAUCUGGGAAGAUUCCGCUAUUCAUCCAGGACGACCAAGCUAUAGCUGUAGUAUCAGUGGUCAAGUUAAAAAAUAUAUCAAAAUCUUCUGCAGCCACAACUAAGCAAAAUAAAAUAGAGACUAAGAUAUCUAUAUUUCUUCAAGCCAUACCAGAAGACCCGAUAUCUAUACCACCACUGCCAUAUUUCCAGUCUAGAUCCAUACCUGGUACUGGUUGUGAGGAUCUCAGACAGCACCUCCCGUACAUCUCUGAUAGUCUUCCCCAAGAUUCUAGAAAACACGCUAUCCCACAGCCAAUCCAUGACAGCACCCAAGCCUAUGAGAACAAGCUAAUCCUGAAAAAAGAUAAUAAUAUAAAUUAUACAAAGUUAGAAGCUCUGUGCUGGAAGACUAUACUUCAGAAGUCAAUAAUAAGAAAUCAAAAUCUAUGCUUACUAUAUUCCUUGAGUAAACUGACCGCGGGUAUGCUACAUAUCCCGGUUAGAGAUAUAUACACCUGGAUACACCACCCGAGCAUCUCCAGACUUAGCAGACAGAGCUGGAAGAUAGAAGCCCCUUAUAUUCAGAAAAAAUACAAGACACUUACGGAGAUGGAGAGACUAAACUAUACCAGGGCACAUCCAGAAUAUUAUUUUUUACUGUCAAACAAGCAGAGAAAGCCGCGGACUGCCCCUUCAGUAGAUAAUAACUGCACUUAUAAACACUUAACAGGAAUAUUUUCUGAGAAAGAAGGAAUCCUCAUCCAAAGCUGUCUCUUGAGUCCAGAUGGCUUUAUACCCCUGGGCAAUACCCAGCCUUGUUUAUCUGUCACCAGUUGGCAAGCAGAGAUACCUGACUCUGCUUGCUUUAUUUCUCAACCUGCAGCCCCUGGAAUCAAUACUGCCAAUAGGAAUUGGCCUAUCGAAGGAAAGUAG